AUUAUAUUUAAUUGGUAGUUCCCAUUCAGGCGUCGUGCGGUACUGUUCUCGUUUCUCGACUGCUCUUUGCCUCCAUCCAAGGAUCAUUCACACACUCACAGGAUCCUUCGGUUAAUAGAAUAAUAGAAAAAUACUCGCAAAAUGCGUUCGCUCCCUGUUACCUUCCUACUACUGGCGUUCUGCGCCUCAUCCACUCUUUGGAAAGCAAAUGCCCUGGAAUGUUACGAGUGCAUCGGCAGCCAGUGCGACGAUCUGGAAUUUGUGAAUGUGGUUAGCUGUAAUGCGGAUGAUGCGCCAACCGAUACGACAACAGAGGAUGAACCUUCAACCGAUCCUACAACGGCAGCUCCGAUAGCUUCUACUCCUGAUGGAUCUACAGCUUCUACACCUGAUGGAUCGGACGGUUCUACAGCUGGUGGAUCGACCGAUUCUAACACGGACUCUUCCACCAAUCCUGUGACUGAUUCUACAUCGAAUGAAACUACCGAUUCUUCAACUAAUGAAACUACCGAUUCUUCAACUAAUGAAACUACCGAUUCUUCAACUAAUGAAUCUACCCAUUCUUCAACUAAUGAAACUACCGAUUCUUCUACUAAUGAAACUACCGAUUCUUCUACUAAUGAAACUACCGAUUCUUCAACUAAUGAAUCUACCGAUUCUUCAACUAAUGAAUCUACCGAUUCUUCUACUAAUGAAACUACCGAUUUUUCAACUAAUGAAUCUACUGAUUCAUCAACCAAUACUGCAACUGAUUCUUCUACCAAUUCUGAAACUGAAUCAACCAAUUCUGAAUCUACCGAUUCAUCAUCAGAUUCUCCAACUGAUUCUUCAAGCGAUUCCACAAGCGAUUCCACAAGCGAUUCCACAAGCGAUUCCUUAACCGGUUCCACAACCGGUUCCACAACCGAUUCGUCAACCGAUUCGUCAACCGGUUCCUCAACCGAUUCUUCAACAGAUUCCUCAACCGAUUCCUCAAACGAUUCUUCAACGGAUUCCUCAACCGAUUCGUCAACCGGUUCCUCAACCGAUUCUUCAACAGAUUCCUCAACCGAUUUCCCAACUGAUUCCACUACCGACUCCGCAAGUCGUAGCAAAACGUUGGCUGCUAUGGCCACAGAUGUUUUGCUCCAGAACUAUCGCACCAUUUCCCGUGCUCGAAGGGACACGGAUGGUACUAUUAAGUUGACUGCCUGCUACAGUAUUAUGAUGGGUGAAGUGAAACAUCUCGGCUGUGUUCGGGUAUCGAAUGGUCAGAGUGGAUGUGAGGCGGUACGAAAAGAAGUCGGUCUUCCGAGUAAUUCUACCGACGAUGAAUGCGAGCUCUGCUUUGAAGAUCGAUGCAACGGCAGCACCAGUCAACGCGCCUCUCUGGGCAUGUUGCUCUUACUCCUGGUGGUGGGUGCGAAGAACUUCUUCUAGAAACAGUUCCUGAGGGGUGAUGGUGUGAACUUCCAUAAGUUGUAUUAUAUAUUGAUUAUUAAAUACUAUUAAAUACAAAAUUUAAAACCA